AUGCUCUAUAGUGGCGACGGCAGCGAAAAAUUGUAUAUAGUUAACAACUUUACGCCAGCUGGCGAGAACUUGGACGUUGUAAUGAAUGAGAACGGCGCUAGAGACGAAGACUUCCGAGAGGGUGUCGAAAGGGAUGUCAGCAAGGACGAUGAUCGCAUUAAUACGCCCUUUGACGAUCGAUUUGUAAUUGAGAAUCCUGAAGUCGAUACUAAGAUGGAAGAAGAUGGUCAGCAUGUUGUAGUACUUGACCCUCCAUCCGAGCUGAAACCCUCGAUUUUUAGAAACAAUAAAUCUGGGAAAAGGCCAGGGAAUUUAAAGUUGGCAUUUGCUCCAGACAUCCACCACGAUGCAGGGAAGUCUGAAUUCUCAUAUGAGGCGGAAUCGACUCAAUCUUCCGCCACGACGCCGAGUAUAUAUGUCUCGAAACGAAACGCAUCACAUGAAGCACAUGAACGUUUGCAUAGCCGGGGGCCCCAGGACGAGGAAAUACACAGUCCUCACGAGGUGAAAGUGCUGAGGUGGGGUACCCAACGUCAUAAGAAGCCAGGCAUGAGAGCAUUUGGAAGAGGGAGGUCUUUACGGUGGGCUCGCAGAAAUGAUGAUCCAUUUAAGCCGCCGCAAGGGGAAAUCGAGACGAAGCCGCAGGACGAAACAGACCGGUCUGCAGAAGGUCGUUCAGUCUACUACAAUGUGCCUUUACCAGACGAGCUCCUUGAUGAGCACGGACUACCCAUUGCGCAGUUUGCGAGGAAUAAGAUCAGAACGACGAAGUAUACACCAUUAUCAUUUUUCCCCAAAAACCUACUAAUCCAGUUCAAAAACGCUGCGAAUGUAUAUUUCUUGAUCAUGGUUGUGCUUGGAACGCUUCCUUCAUUUGGUGUUGCUAACCCAGUCUUGAACGCCAUCCCAUUAAUAGCUAUUAUCAUUAUAACUGCAAUUAAGGAUGCAAUCGAAGACUCGCGGCGUACAGUCUUGGAUAUGGAGGUUAACAACACCAAAACGCACAUUUUUACAGGUAUUAAGAAUCCUAAUGUAUCUACGGAUAAUGUCUCUUUAUGGAGGAGGUUUAAGAAGCUUAAUACGAGGAUCAUGUUCAAACUGAUAAGAUUUAUUCAGGAGACUUUUACGAAAAGCGGCAAGCGUAGACGGGCCCAAAGGAAAAGAGAAGAACAUCACAUCGCACUAAGGUCACAAUUAAACGCGCCGCGGUCUUCACUAGAUUCUGUCGGGCAGGGCAGGCCGUCAUUAGACACAUCAAAUUUAGAACUUAGUGGUACUCUUGUCACGCAAGAGGGGAUACUGAAUCGUAACAAUGAACCUAUUCCGGACUGUAAGUUUAUGAGGUCGCAAUGGAAACACGUCAGAGUCGGUGAUAUCGUUCGUGUCCAUAAUAAUGAUGAAGUCCCCGCAGACAUGAUCCUGUUAUCGACGUCGGAUUCGGAUGGUGCAUGUUAUAUCGAGACCAAGAAUUUGGACGGAGAAACAAAUUUAAAAGUCAGGCAAUCCUUAUCUUGUUCUCAUAAAGUGCGGAAUUCUAGAGAUAUUUCUAGAUGCAAAUUUUGGGUUGAAUCCGAGGGCCCACAACCGAACCUAUAUACCUACAGGGGUAAUGUUAGGUGGGUAGAUUCUGACAAUAUUACUAGGAAUGAACCUGCUAACAUUAACAACGUACUUCUCCGUGGGUGUUUUCUGAGAAAUACUAGAUGGGCCGUCGGUAUUGUUAUAUUUACUGGUAAAGACACUAAGAUAAUGUUAAAUGCCGGUAUUACACCCACCAAGAAAUCUAGAAUAUCAAAGGAACUUAACUAUUCGGUUAUGUUAAACUUUGUGCUCAUUAUUGUGCUCUGUUUUAUCGCGGCGCUGGUGAACUCGAUAUAUUACCGCUCGCGAAACCGCUCGCGAGAUUCCUUUGAAUUUGGGACAAUUGGAGGUUCUCCUACAUUUAACGGUCUUUUAUCAUUCUUUGUCGCUUUAAUAUUAUACCAAUCCUUGGUUCCAAUUUCGUUGUACAUAUCCAUUGAAAUCAUUAAAACAGCUCAGGCUGCAUUCAUUUACGGAGAUGUUUUGAUGUAUAACGAAAGAUUAGACUAUCCUUGUACGCCAAAAACAUGGAACAUUUCCGAUGACUUGGGUCAGAUUGAGUAUAUAUUUUCCGAUAAAACAGGUACACUCACGCAAAAUGUCAUGGAGUUUAAGAAAUGCACGAUCAAUGGAAUUUCAUACGGUAGAGCUUAUACAGAAGCUCUUGCCGGAUUGCGCAAGCGUCAAGGCAUAGACGUGGUAGAGGAAAGUGCGCGAGAAAAAGAAGCUAUUGCUAGAGAUAAAGAGACUAUGAUAGAGUUAUUACAGAAAUUGGGACAGAACUCCCAAUUUGACCCCGAAGAGACAACAUUAGUCUCCAAGGAACUUGUUGAAGAUCUUUCGGGAAAGUCAGGAAAUGCGCAAAAAGAAGCAAAUGAGCACUUCUUGAUGUCUCUUGCCCUUUGCCAUUCUGUUCUAGUGGAACCAAAUCCACAAAAUCCAGACAAAAUGGAUCUGAAAGCGCAAUCUCCUGACGAAGGUGCUCUGGUUUCAGCUGCUAGGCAUAUGGGUUUUGCUUUCAUUGGCCGUUCUAAGCAGGGAGUCAUUGUAGAAGUACAAGGUGAGCAGAAGGAAUUUCAGGUGUUAAAUGUUAUAGAAUUCAAUUCUGCAAGGAAGAGAAUGUCGUGCAUCAUUAAGAUUCCUGGCGAAAAGCCAGGGGAAUAUAAAGCCCUUUUGAUAUGUAAAGGUGCAGACUCUGUCAUAUUUUCAAGGUUAGACAAGCAUAAAAAUGACAAUAAGCUCAUUGAGAGAACCGCUUUACAUUUAGAAGAAUAUGCAACCGAGGGGUUGAGAACGUUAUGUAUCGCGCAGAAAGAAUUGUCGUGGGAAGAAUAUAAACAAUGGGCCGAAAAGUAUGAUGUUGCAUCUUCAUCUCUUGUUAACCGUGAGGAGGAAAUAGAGAAAGUCGCUGAUAGUUUAGAACGUGAUUUAAUACUGCUGGGUGGUACGGCUAUAGAGGACCGCUUACAAGACGGUGUACCGGCAUCCAUAGCUAUUCUCGCAGAAGCAGGUAUUAAACUCUGGGUCUUGACCGGUGACAAAGUUGAAACCGCUAUAAAUAUCGGAUUCUCUUGCAACCUUUUGACGAAUGACAUGGAGCUACUAGUCAUCAAAAAUUCAGGAGACGAUGUCGAGCAUCUAGGAGAGUCAACAGAAGAAGUUGUAACCGCAUUACUCGACAGAUAUCUCAAGGAAAAGUUUAACCUAGAUGGUACCAUUGAAGAGCUAGAGCAGGAGAAACUCAUACAUAGACCUGCAGAAGGUGAGUAUGGUGUUGUUAUUGACGGUGAUGCACUAAAGGUCUCUUUGAGCACAGAAGAAUUGCAAAGAAAAUUCUUACUCCUGUGCAAGAACUGUAAGACCGUUUUAUGCUGCAGAGUUUCGCCAGCUCAAAAAGCCGCAGUUGUGAAACUUAUCAAAGAUACACUCGAUGUCAUGACGCUAGCAAUUGGUGAUGGUUCAAAUGACGUUGCAAUGAUUCAGGCAGCGAACGUUGGUGUGGGAAUUGCAGGUGAGGAAGGUAGACAGGCAGUUAUGUCUGCUGAUUACGGUAUUGGUCAAUUCAGAUAUCUAACUAGACUGAUCUUGGUCCAUGGCAGAUGGUCUUACAAACGUCUAGCCGAAAUGAUUCCGCAGUUCUUCUAUAAGAACAUUAUUUUCACGGUCGCUCAUUUCUGGUUUGGAAUUUUUAACAAUUACGAUGGCUCGUAUUUAUUUGAAUUCACUUAUCUGAUUUUCUACAAUUUAGCAUUCACAUCCCUCCCUGUCAUCCUACUUGGAAUAAUUGACCAAGAUGUUAGUGAUAAAGUGUCUGUGGCUGUUCCUGGCCUCUAUCAAGUGGGUAUAUCCAGAAGUGCCUGGACCCAAAAGAAAUUUUGGUUCUAUUGUUUGGACGGUAUUUAUCAGUCAGUCAUAUGUUUCUUUUUCCCAUACCUCGCAUUCUACAGAACGGGCCUUGUGACCGACAACGGUCGUCCCCUAGACCACCGUUACAUGUUCGGUGUGUUCGUCACCUGCAUCUCGGUAAUCACGUGUAACCUCUACGUGUUGCUCCAGCAGUACCGCUGGGACUGGUUCUCGACGUUGUUCCUCUUCCUGUCAUGCCUACUAGUCUUUGUUUGGACUAUGGUGUGGAGCAGCAGCUAUCUGAGCCGCGAGUUCUACCACGCAGGCUACCACAUCUUCUCUCAGCCAGUGCUGUGGGUAGUGUUGUUCGCGGGCAUCCUCUUCUGUCUAUGGCCGAGGUUCACGUACGACGUGUUCCGGAAACUCUUCGCCCCUAGGGAUAUAGAUAUCAUCCGCGAGUGCUGUCGCCGUGGGGAUUUCGACAUGUACCCCGAGGACUACGACCCAACGGAUCCUAACCGUCCACUUGUAGCAAAGGAACGUUCCGGCUCGAUAAGCCAAGAGUACUACAGCGAGCACCCGCAGUCGCUCAACUCCCUGGACAAAAACACCUCGUCCAUGCCCGUUCUCACAACAAAGCCUUUAUCGAAGCCGGACUACCCCUCCCCAGAGGCCAUCCGUGCUGCAAGAACAGCAAAUCCGUCGUUGCACCCCCCCAGGAGCUCCCUAGACGUAACAAGACAAGAGAUGUUGCAGAAUAAUCAAUUGGACAGUCGUUUUUCACAGGACCGGGCACGGACAUCACUAGAUCUACCAGGAGUCACACGAGCCACGACUUUAAUUAGCGGACAAGGACGUGCCUGA